GCGGCGGCAGCGCAGUUCCAGCACCUGCUGGGGGAGAAGAGGGGGGCCGGGGAGAGGGUGGCGGUGGUCCAGCUGACCCGCCCGAAGGCCCGGAACGCGCUGUGCGACGAGCUGAUGGCGGAGCUGAGCGAGGCGCUGGACGCCCUGGAGCGGGACCCGGGCGUGCGCGCCAUCGUGCUCACCGGCAGCGAGAAGGCCUUCGCCGCCGGCGCCGACAUCAAGGAGAUGCAGCACCGGACCUUCCAGGAGUGCUACGGUGGCAACUUCCUCGGCCACUGGAACCGCCUGGCUAGCGUCCAGAAGCCGGUCAUCGCCGCCGUCAAUGGCUACGCGCUGGGCGGCGGCUGCGAGCUGGCCAUGAUGUGCGACAUCAUCUACGCGGGCGAGAAGGCUCAGUUCGGGCAGCCGGAGAUCCUCCUGGGCACCAUCCCCGGCUCCGGCGGGACGCAGCGGUUGACCCGGGCGGUGGGCAAGUCGCUGGCCAUGGAGAUGAUCCUGACCGGGGAGCGGAUCUCGGCCCAGGAGGCCAAGCUGGCCGGCCUCGUCAGUAAAGUCUGCCCGGUGGAGAAGCUGCUGGACGAGGCCAUCAGCUGCGGGGAGAAGAUCGCCCGCCACUCGAAGCUGGUGGUCGCCAUGGCCAAGGAAGCGGUCAACGGCGCCUUCGAGCUGAGCCUAACCGAGGGCAACCGGCUGGAAAAGAGGCUGUUCCACUCCACCUUUGCCACGGAAGACCGGAAAGAGGGGAUGAGUGCCUUUGUGGAGAAGAGAAAAGCCAAGUUUAAGGACCAUUAAUUCUCCCACCCGUACCCCUUGGGGGGGGGACAUGGUGACGGAUGGCGGGCUAGGGAUACGGUUACACUUUGCCACAAGAGGCCUUGAUUUGCAAUCCCUGGAUUGCAACAGUCAGCCAUCUCCUUGCCAGAAAGUGGUCACAGCUCAUAGUUAUUGGCAUCAUGGUGUGCAAAAAUCAAUUUCUUUGACAAGAUAGUAAUUGAGAAUAAAAUUGUCCCAAUUUCCCAUAUAGGAGGUCCUUGGAUUGCAUAAAAGUCGAAGCUUUUGCAUCCACAGUAAAUGGACAGAUAUACAAGGUGAAAGGAAUGUUUUUUAUGCACCAGUGGGCACACAUAGGACUUUAAACCUCUCCCUCCACUUCAGAUUUCACAACCUCCAUAAUAGGGUGAGUGAAAGAAAGUGUGUUAAUGCUAUUCUUGGUUGACUCUAGUUGCUUUGGCAGAAACCUGGCAAGUGUGGAUUGGUUUAUCUGUCCAGAAUCAUAUACCGGUGUGCCUGCUGAAUUCCGUUAUCUUGGUGAUAAAUCUGAGCUUUAGCUCCUGCUAUCUCAAAUAAGCUAUAGAAUAAGGCACAUCUUAUGUGAUUGCGUGUAGUUAAAAAGUCCAUAAGCUUAGUUCUAGCCAAGAAUAUGCUGGUGCAACAAACAUAGCUUGGUGGAAGCACUUCAUAAUGAAAAAAAAAAAGAUAUAGAAGUAUUCUCAUGUAUUCCAUUGAUUUCUUGAUUGCAAUAAAUAAUUUUAAUAAAAUGACAUAAAUAGAUUA